CAACAUGGAAGAGUGAUUAACAGAAUUUCUUCUUCUUCUUCUAAGAACAUAAAUCACCAAACUCCAAAUUUCUGUUCCUCUUCUUUAGAUCUGAUCUUCUUCUUCAUUCUUCGCUUCAAUUCGAUCCAUUUUUCUCAUCGUUUUCCCGAGAAAAUUCCCUUCCCGGGAAAUGUCGCACAGCGAUACAAUUCCUCUUCAUCAAUCGUCCCAAUCGGACAUCGACGAGAUCGAAAAUCUCAUCAACGCCAGCGUUCAAACCGGCCCUUCAACUGUUCUUCCAGCUCGACCCCCAAGUCCUCCCAGGGCUUCCAUUCCUGUUUCUUCUUCCCCCUUUUUACAGUCCAAUCUACCCCCACUUCCCCCCAAAUCCACCAUUCAGAAGCCGCCGACUGUCUUUCCUACUCCACCACCGUUGCCCGUUUCCGGUAAUGGGAGGCCCGAUUUAUCGGCUUCUGGAUUUGGGUCACCUCCCAACACUCUCACCGAACCGGUAUGGGAUACGGUCAAGAGGGAUCUGUCCCGGAUCGUCAGCAAUUUGAAGCUUGUGGUUUUUCCUAACCCUUUCCGUGAGGACCCUGGAAAGGCUUUGAGGGAUUGGGAUCUGUGGGGGCCUUUCUUUUUCAUUGUGUUCCUUGGUCUUACUCUUUCGUGGUCUGCAUCGGUCAAGAAGUCUGAGGUUUUUGCUGUUGCAUUUGCACUACUUGCUGCUGGUGCAGUGAUUCUGACCUUGAAUGUGCUUCUCCUGGGUGGACAUAUAAUAUUCUUCCAGAGCUUGAGUCUGUUGGGAUAUUGCCUGUUUCCUCUAGAUAUUGGAGCAUUGAUCUGCAUGUUGAAAGACAAUGUAGUAGUGAAGAUAGUUGUGGUAUGUGUGACCUUGGCAUGGAGUUCUUGGGCUGCAUAUCCUUUCAUGAGUUCAGCAGUGAACCCAAGAAGAAAAGCUCUUGCACUCUAUCCUGUCUUCCUUAUGUAUGUAUCGGUUGGUUUUCUCAUCAUUGCCAUUGAUUGAGAUGCAUCAUCAAUGGAGUUGGUUUUGGUAAGAAGAGAUUGAAAAGAUGAUCGAGUAAUCAUUUAGGAAGUUCAUGCAGUGAUCAAUAUUCUCACACUUUACUGUAACCUUUUUUUUUUUUCCUUUUUGACUUAAUAUCAUAUAAUGUCUUGAAAGUUGAAACUCAGAUCUGCCUACAUCAUCCCAUUCACUGUCUGCAAAUUUUCUUGAUGGAAAUCCAAAACUGUGUAAUAUUUCUUGUAAUUAGAGAUGGCUUCAUUUGUUUUAGAUAUAAUAAUUUUUUUUUCUUUUUUUGGUAUUUCUUGUAUUUCCUUAGACUUGAAAAUCAGAAAUGUUGGAAAUAAUUUCUUGGAAAUUGAAAA